AUCUGUCUAGUGAAGAACAUCAUCAUGAUGUUCUUCACGAGAUGGCUACAAGAUGGAUGCCUCCUGAUCCGGACGACGACGCUGCUGUGGUGCAUUCGCCGGCAAAUGCGAUGCUGACGAACUAUGCACCUCCACCUCCUCAUGUGAUAGACUGGGAGGUUGCAAAGGUUGUGGGUGAGACAGUGGUCUUUUGGGACAUCAAUUCGUGUCCCGUUCCCCCUGGCUUUGAUGCUAGUCUGGUCGGUCUGUGCAUCAAACGGUUCUUGAAGAAAGAAGGCUACUCUGGUCAUGUCACCAUCGAAGCCAUUGGCGUUCUAGCAGACGUCCCUAAUGACACUCUGGAAAAAGUCUAUUCCGGUGGAAUCACUCUUCAUAACGUCCCCUACGGUCCCUCAGACACUGUGAAGCUCGUUUUUGAGCGUUCCAAUAGCCCUGGUCCUCUAUGCAACAUAAUGGUCAUAUCCAAUGCCAAAAUCUUUGCUUGGGAGUAAGUCUCAAACAUUGAGAUGCAACCUUCUAAAGCCGUUUCCAUUGAUUCUCUUCAUCGCUUUUGUGUGGCAGACUCAGGUGAAGUUGAGGAGGAUCAGUGCAGUGAAACGGGUGAGUCUGCUUUCUUGAUUUGCUCAUUAUGCAACUACCAUAGUCUUCCCUUCCACAGAUUUAGAAGUUUCGCCAUGCAUCUCUCCAGUAGACGCCAUCAACAGAAGUUGUCGGAGCUGUUGCCCAUAAGUAAGCAACUCCAGUGCCUGAGUGCACCACUGAGUGAGCCUCCUGAGAAAGACCUGGGGGCUGUAACAUCGGUCUUUUGGGACAUCAAUAUGUGUCCGGUUCCACCAGGCUGUGUUCCUCGUCGCGUAGGUCCAUGUAUUAAACAGUUUUUGGAGAAUAAAGGCUACUCUGGUCCUCUCACCAUCACUGCCAUUGGCGUACUAACAGACGUCCCUAAUGACAUUCUGGAAGGAGUCUAUUCCAGUGGAAUCUCUCUUAAUAACAUCGCCUCUGGGUUUUUUGCCACUGUUGAUCGUCUAAUUUGUGAGUUUACGGUUGGGAAUCCACCUCCAGCUAAUCUAAUGGUCAUAUCCGACGCAAAAUCCUUCACUUCUGAUGAUGCAUUCUCGCUAGAAUCGAGGGGAUACAACAUUCUUCAGCCGGUUCCAUGUGAUUCUCUUGAAAGAUUUUUCUUGGCAGCUUCAGAGGCACUUGAGGAGGAUAAUGAAACUUGUGAAUAUGCCUUCUGGAUUUGCUCGGUAUGCGACGAUCUUCAUGGCCAAGGGUUUGGAAAUUUUACCACUCACGUUACUAGUUGGUCACACAAGCGGAAGCUGUUGGACUGGUUGCGUGGGAAUGCUCGGUUUCUUCGUAAGGAGUGUGCUCCCAACCAUGGUGACCAAGCUACUAGCGAAAGUGGAAUAAGGAGAAGUAGAGAAACAUGA